AUGGUCCAUUCCCUCUUUUUGUUAGCCUUGGUCACUGUUUGCACCGCCUUCGACGUCCACCGCAGCCUUGUCAACUUUCAAGCCGACCAUCAUUCGACUUACAUCAAUUCCCGUGUGCCUGCUCGAUACGAUCUCUCAGAGGAUCAGGUAGGCGGCUCCUACUGGACAAGCACGUUUCUCACUUCAACCACCGGUAAACAGUACCUGGCUGUCAUGCACAUCCUUGGGGCUGUUUGUAAGUCGUCGGUUCUUGAGCUGGACACGCUGAAAUACUGGAGCCAUGUCGACUAUGCUGAAUUACUGGAUGCAUCCGAGCGCACUUCAAACUCGCUCGAUGUUCGCCUGACCAACUGCGGCAUUGGAUCAAACUCCGAGGACAGGAUUUCAGCCAUGUACAACCAUGUAUCAACAAAGGAUUACGCAUUCAGCUUUACUUUAGAAGCCUCUUCAAAGGUCAUCUUGAACGCCGGUGGGGGAGCCUUCACCUUCGGACAGGGUUACUCCAACACCACGCAGUGGUCUCUUCCAGCCUGCAAGACCAAAGGAACUAUCACGGUGGGAGAUAAGGUUAUCAAAGUCAACCCUUCGAAGUCUUUUACCUGGUACGAUCAUCAGAAGGGCGGCGGUGCUCCUCAGAACUGGACCUGGUUUGAGCUUCACUUUCCCGGGUCGUCAGUCAAAGCCAGUAUAUGGGUUUACGAUAUUCCCCAGCUUUCUGCCACCACCUACCGGUUCGCUACGGUUCGCAUUGGAGAAGAGUCCCAGUACAUUGUCGCUUUGGAGAUGACGGCAAACAUGGACAACACUUGGACGUCUCCCAAAACCAACAUCACAUAUCCCCUCAGCUGGACCUUGAAGUUUGAGAAUGGAGAUCGCCUAGUGGUCAAGUCUGUGCUCCCCGACCAGGAGAUAUACGGAUCGAAGCAGCUUGCUGAUACCGUCUAUGCUGGAUAUGCCACCGCUUCUGGGCGUUUCUUUGGGCAGAAAACAGGUUAUGGAGUGGUGGAGAUGAUUACAAUUUUCCAGAGCUAG